UAUACAAAGCUAACUCACAUUCAUAUGACGACAAUACUAUCUAAAAGCUAUAUCUUCUGAGCGUGUAAAGCAAUCACAAAGCAAUUAUGUCUGAACCUUUGAGGGUUAUUGGCAAGUGUCCGUAUUGCCAUCGAGAUGUCAACGAAGACUUGCGGCCCAUUAACAAAUCAAGAAUACAGUUGGUUAAUGCCGAAUCGGCUCCAUUGACGGCGCCAGAGAAUGAACCAAGUAAAUCCAACUUAUUAAUAAGCCAAGAACCCGCCGCAACUUUAACAGAUAAUUUGCUGAAUAUGCUAGAGCACGAAUUUGAGCGAUCGACGGAUGAGCCGUCUCAAAUGACUGAGAAUCAUGCCGAGGUGUUGGUAGCUAUAUUGAAGGAAGAAGAUUUUCGCUAUGUUGAGAGUAGCACGAGACGUAAACUGAAACGUAGAAACAUACAACAACGACGAUAACAAGAGUUCGUUAGCAGCAACAAAUAGAAAUUGCAUAUACCCCGCCACAAAAUUCGAAAUUCAAUUGCACGUGCUCGGAGCUUGCAACCACCACCGCCACCGCGAUUCUGCGCCGUAGCUGCCACCGCUGUUGAAUAGUCGAAGCAGCUGGGGUGGAGUCACGGAUGGAUGACGAACGCAUUGGUUUUUGCACUUGCAACUGCUGCUGAAAAUUAAGUUAGUCGCCCCGUUAACUGGGAUUAAACACGCCAACGUUCGCUCGAUAAAAAGCCAAAAAGAAGGCAACACAAGAUGACGUAAGCUUUCGCAUGAAUAUGUCAACAGCUCAACCGAAACUUGGCCAGCGUGUACAAGUGACGGGUAAGAAUCAACUUGGCCAGAGUGUUGGACGGGUUGCCUAUGUGGGACGCACGAAAUUCGCUGGCGGUCAAUGGUUUGGCGUUGUGCUCGAUGAGCCAAGGGGCAAGAACAAUGGCACCGUUAAUGGCAGCACCUACUUCAAGUGUGCCCCCAACUGUGGUAUCUUUGUGCGUGCCCAACAGCUGCAACUGCUAGGGCUGCCACACACUGAACAGCAGCAGCAGCAGCAAACGAAAGUGAUAUACAAGAAACAGCAGCAGCUGGAGAAUAAUAUUUGCGAUAACAACAACGACAUUAUGCAGCGAGAUGUGAGCAAAGUCAGGCUGAGCAGCAGCAGCAGGAGCCGAAGCAACAGUCGGCAAGCGAGCAGCGAUGAGCAGGAUAACUCUAGGGAGGCCAGUGGCUCGAGUGGUGGUCGUGCCUUAAGAAAGCUGCCGGAGAAGUCGACAUUUGCACUGACUACUUCCAAGACUUGGGUGACUUCCACGCAGCCAUCGGCACAGUCACAGUCUAAACGCCUACGCGACGCCUUGGAGACCCAUCAGGAGUCCAAAGUGACGACCAUAGAAGCGAAGAAUACAACACAAGGAGCAGCAGCAACAUCAUUAACAAAAGCAACAGCAACAGCAGCUGGCAAUGCAACUUUAACUGCAGUUACAGCAACAACUGACAGUUCAACUACUAGAGCAGUAACUGCUCCCAAUGCACAGACGACGCCAACAACAGCAGCAGUAUCAGAAACAGCAACUGUAUCACCAGCAACAGCGCCAGCAACAGCCACAGCAACAUCAGUGACAUCAGCAGCAUCAACAGCUUCAAUUACAGCUUCAACUGCAACUACAGCUCCUACCACAGCAGCAACAACAGCUGCAAUUGCGCCUAUCUCUACUCAAAUGGCUGCUCAAGCAACAGCUGACGUUGCCACGCCUGCAACCAAGACGGAAACAGCAGUUGACUCCACUGUGGUUGCUGCUCAACCCUCUACUUUGCGAGCGCCUCCUUUGACCUGCAACCAGCGGCGCUCCACAUCCUACACACAGCUGCGACCGACGCGCAUUAGUCAACCGAAGCCCACAACGGCGCAAGCACAGAGCUCGACGGCACAGCUAACGCUGGCGAUGCCAGUGCCCGUUGCCCUGGCGCCCAAGCGCAGCAAGACGAGCAUGAGUCCGACGAGCAGCGGCAGCGUGAAGCGUGUAACACCGGCUGCGUUUGUGGAGCCCGGCUUUUUGGAGAUACUGCGUCCGCAGUUCACGCUCGGGCCGGCACUGCGCACGCCUAGCACAGUGGCGCCACCUGUGGACAACCCGGAGCAGCGACAACUACGCGAGGAGUUGCAAUUGUUGCGUGUGCAGAAGAGCGAGGAUAAACUGAAGCUGCUCGAGCUGGAACGCAUCAAGAUUCACAACGAGCAGCUGCAAGAGUUCAAGUCACAGAUUAUGCAACAGCAGGUGUUGUUGCAACGCGAAUUGCAACGUUGUCGCCACGAGCAACGCGAGGCACAGGAAACUGCUCUCAAAUACAAGCGCGAAUUGGAUGAUGUGGCCGAGAGCAUAGAGCUUCUGACGCUGGACAAGGAAAUGGCUGAAGAGAGGUUGGAAACUCUACAAAUGGAAAUGGAAAUGGCGCAAGAGCGCAACGAUGAGCUUAGCCUCGAUCUGGAGAUACUGCGAGCCGAGCAGGAGGAGCACAACGAGGGUCAGCAUUUGGCCAAGAAUGAGAAGCAAUCGACUAAUGUGACAACGCUGCAGACAACUGGCGAGUUCCUGCGCUUGGAGCAGUACAAUCAGCGAUUGCGAGAGACAGUGGUCAGACUGCGCGACACUUUGGCCCAUGAGAAGCAGCUGGCACAGCGUACGCAGAAGGAUCUAGAGACCAAGCACUCAGAGAUUAACGAGUUGAAGAGCAUUAAAGAGUUGCAAAGUCGUCGCGUCGAUCAAAUGGAACUGCAGAUGAUGGAUCUGAAAGAGCAGGUGGAUGCUUCGCUUGGCGCUGAGUCGAUGGUCACUCAGCUGGCCACACUCAAGCUAGAGCUGGAGGAACGUGUCAAGCUGUUGGAAGAUGAAGUCAAUGAACUGGAGGCACUCGAACAAAUCCAAGAGCAGCUCAUCGAGAGCAAUCAAGAGCUCGAGUCCGAUUUGCGUGACGAAAUCGACAAGCUAAGUGGCCAGGUGAAGUCACUGGAGCAGCAAAAGAACGCUGCGCUCGAGAGCCUCUACGAUCGCGAUGUAACCAUACUCAAGUUUAGGGAUCUGGUGCGUCAGCUGCAGGAACAACUGCAGCUUAAAACGGAUGGUGGCACACUUUCGAUUGAGGACUUUAGCAGCGCCAACGAAUCGCAGCAGGAGGAAACAUCGCAACAGAGCCAGGCGGACUAUCAGCACAUCUUCAGCGUGAGCAAGGCAUAUGGACGUGCUCUGGAACAACAGCUCAAGGCUGUGGAGUUGCGUCUGCAGGGUCAGCAUCUGGAACAUGUGCUCGCCUUUGUGCCCGAGCAGUUUCUGCUGCGUGGAGGCGAGCACGAUGUGGUGCUCGUCAUGCUGCUGCUGGAGCGCAUGAACGACAAGCUCGAGAUUGUCUGUCAGGCCAUCAACGAGAAGUUCCCCAAUGCCUGUGAAUUCGGUCGCGAUGCCAUCUUCGAGGGAUACUCGGUGCAGCGGUACAUCUUCCGGGCGCAGUGCAUCUAUCUGCUGAAGAGUCUGCAGUUGGUGCUGCAACAGUUUCGUCACGGGCUCAACCACUGUGACUACGAGCUGUGCACACACGCAGCAAUCUAUCGCAGUGAUCUGGAGCUGCAGGAACAGCAACUGGAUGAAUUUGUGCGGUUGCUGAAGACUGGUCAGCUGGAUGAGCACACCAAUUGUGAGCCGAUACGUCGAGUGCUGCACUACAUCAAUGGGCUGCAUCAGAACUUAAUGCCGCCACAGACAUUGGUUGAGUUACUCGAUGAACAGCAGCUGUAUAAUGCGCUGAUUGAAGUCUACGAGGCGGGCAUGGAUGCAGUGAAUGCGAAUGCAGGAUUGUUGCACACCAUCAUACAGCUAGGCGACGAGCAGACUGCGUCGUUCCACUGCAUGCAGCUGCUGAUGGAACAUAGUUGUGCGCUCAAGCAGAAGCUAAAGAAGCUGCAGCGUAAGAUGAGUGGUAAUAAGACAGCUGCCGCCUGGACGGGAAUGCAAUGUGCUCGCUAUCAGCGCAUUCUGGAGGCCAACGAAGCACUGGGAGCACUCAUUAGCAUGCUAGGCAUCUCGGCGAGAGAAGCCAGCAAGGAGUCGAAUGGCGGCAUUGCACACGAGAAGCUAUGGCGCAUACUAUGCUUGAACUAUACGAAAUUCGCGCCCAACCAGGAGACGGAGCAGCGGGAAUUGGAUGUGUAUAGUCAGCGUUGCAUGCAGCUGCUGGAGGAGCAGUUGGAGGAGCUGUUGACGCUACUGGAGCCGCGGGAUGUCAACACCGAGUAUGUGCGGCAUGCUGCCUUCAAUACGCUGCAACAACGAGCCGCUCAAGUGAAGCGUCACUACGAAGAUGUCAAGUGCUUGGAGCUGACAGUUGCAGAGCGGGAAAAGGAAAUCAAAGCGCUCAAGCUGGCGGCCAAGCUGAAGCAGCAGGAUUACUCCGAGCUGCAGGUGCGCAAAGAGAUGGCCGAAAAGCAGCUGCAUCGGCUGAGUCAGGAUCAUUGCCAGACGCUCACCCAGCUGGCCGAGGGCGUGGAGCAGCUGGAACAAUGUUUCCUCUCAAAGGAGGCAACGUUGCAGCAUGCGCUCGACACGCUGACUGAGAAGCUGAACAGCCUGGAGCAGGCGCAGCAGCAUUGGCAACAGCAGCAGCAGGUGGAUAGCGCCUGUGUGACAAGCUCAACGCGUAGCUCGAAUCGGGAAUUGAAUCUGAUGCAUCAGGCAUUGCGGCAGGAACGUCAAAUUCGCGUUAAGUUGCAGGGAUCGGAGUUGUGUCGCAGCUUUGCCGCUCUCGAGCCGUUGCAUGUGCCGCAGCCCGAGUCCAGCAGUCAGCUGACUUCACUCGAAGCUCAACUGCAUGGCCUGAAGAAUCAGUGGCUGCUCGCUCAAUUGGAGCUGGGCGAGAGUGCUCAGCAGCGGCGAUCGCACAUCGAGCUGCAGGGCAGCCGCUUGUUGAGACAUAUCUUCCAUGCCUAUUGCUCUCGGCAUCCACAUCGGGCUGCGCCCACGGACUUUGGCCUCUUCAUUAGCGGGGAUUUGCGGCGCGCAUUUUAGGCCAACUUUUGAAAUAGUAUUAGACUCAUGAUGUACUCGUAUUUGGUUGAGUAAGAAACAAAACAAAGGUAUAUGUGAUUAUCUGCUUGAACUUCUUUUUACGUUUACAACAGUACAACACCUUAUAAUGUAUUAUUGCUAUUAUACAAUUACCACUUCAUUUUGCGUGUUAAUCCACUAUUUAAGAAAAAUUAUGGUACGUACAAUAAAUAUUUAGCCAAAUUAA